CCCCAAACCGCUUAAGGGCGAUUGUUAGAAGAAAGUACAGGAAGACGACUGGCUCGGUGUUGAAGUCCUGCCUUCGCUGCUGUCAUGCCGGAAUUGAAAAGCUGACUUGACGAGUAGCAGGCAUGAAAAAUCCAGUGGAAGCCUCAGUAGUGCCAGGGCAACAUUGACGAUGCACCCCUGUCGUCUGAAUCAAUCUGCUAAAAGUGGAUUUUCAGUCGGGAGUUUAACUAGUGUAGCCUAGCUAAAGCUAACGCUAGCUACGUUCGCUUCAAACUUUGGUAAACACAACUCAAUUCGUAUUAACUUGUGUUGACGUUACACGCGGAUGCCGGUGGCUGAAGUCGUGGUUUGUAUUUUUAAAGGAUAUUGGAAUGCAUAUUCUGGGUACGUCCCGACGACGACUCGCAGCACUUUGAAUUUCCCUCCUUCUGGAAGACAGACAGAGGGCUUAGCGAAGAAUUCACUCGGCGAGUUUGGCUCCGGACCAGAUCAUUCGCAACUGUGUGCUAAUUGUGGCUAGUUAUCCAUCCGUCGGACCAACCUGGACUCGAGGAGAUUAUAAUCAUUGUUUUGACUUGGCCCCUAUUGUUUUGGUAAUUCGUCAGACCAGUCUUUUGCUUUGAGUGUUUUUUUCUUUUUUUUGCGUCAACGAGAUUACCUCCACGCGGAGACUAUUUUGACUCCGAGUUGAAAGAAAAGGAUUAACUUUACAACUAUGGACCCACACACGGGAUACGCUGCCUCGGCUCCUGCUCCCAAGAAAGACAAGAAGUCAAAGAAGGGCUAUGAAGAUGGAGAGGGCAAAAAGAAAUUUAAACUGAAACGUCUGAUUCCAGAUGAGUUGGAACGUUUUACCAGCAUGAGGAUAAAGAAGGACAAGGAGAAGCUCAGCCAUGUGACAGGUCACCGUCAUUCUGCAGCCGCCAACUAUGAAAUCAACGCGCCCAGUGCCAUGCUGCACGACCAUACAGAUGAAUACGUCCUCGAACUUUUUGAACAGAUGCUGGUGGAUAUGAACCUGAAUGAGGAGAAGCAGCAGCCUCUCAGGGAAAAAGACAUCACAAUUAAACGUGAAAUGGUCUCUCAGUACCUGCACACCUCGAAAGCGGGCCAAGAUCAGAAAGAAAGCUCUAAGUCAGCCAUGAUGUAUAUACAAGAGUUGAGGUCAGACUACCGGGACUCACAGCUACUGAGCUGUCUGGAAUCUCUACGGGUCUCGCUCAAUAACAACCCUGUCAGUUGGGUGCAGAAUUUCGGAGAUGAAGGCCUGGCUCUUCUGUUGAACCUGCUCAGAAGACUGCAGGAAGAAAAAGACGAGUAUCCAAUGAUGGGAGUGAAAUGUCAACAUGAGAUCAUACGCUGUCUGAAAGCCUUCAUGAACAACAAGUACGGUUUAAAAUCCAUGCUGGAGUCGGAUGAGGGAAUUCCUCUGCUGGUCAGGGCCAUUGACCCAAGGGUGCCUCAUAUGAUGGUUGAUGCUGUCAAGCUGCUCUCUGCCAUCUCCAUAUUGGAACACUCAGACAAUCUUCAUGAGCGUGUUCUAGAAGCCAUCACAGAGGAGGCAGAGAAACGGGACAUUGAAAGAUUCCAGCCUCUCCUGGCUGGCAUGAAAAGUUCCAGCAUCACCCUGAAGGGUGGAUGCAUGCAGCUAAUCAAUGCAUUGAUCAGUCGGGGAGAGGAGUUGGACUUCAGGAUCCAUAUUCGCUCUGAACUUCUAAGAUUAGGACUGAGAGACUGCCUUAAGGAGGUGAGGACAAUAGAAAACGAAGAGCUCAGGGUGCAACUGACAGUCUUUGAUGAGCAGGCCGAAGAUGACUCGGAGGACCUUAAAUCGCGCCUCGAUGACAUCCGCAUUGAGAUGGAUGAUGUGAGGGAAGUGUUUGACAUUCUGGUCAACACGGUGAAGGACUCCAAAGCUGAAAGCAACUUCCUCUCCCUGAUGCAGCACCUCCUGCUGAUCCGCAAUGAUUAUUUGGCCAGGCCUCAGUACUACAAGUUAAUAGAUGAGUGUAUUGCUCAGAUCGUGCUUCACAGGAAUGGAGCAGACCCGGACUUUAAGUGCCGCAACAUCAGGCUCAACAUUGAAGGCUUAAUUGACAACAUGGUCGACCAAACAAAGGUGGAAACCAGUGAAGCCAAGGCGAUUGAGCUUGAGAAGAAGCUGGAUGCAGAGUUGACCGCACGCCACGAGUUGCAGGUGGAGAUGAAGAAACUCGAGGGCGACUAUGAACAGAAGUUGCAGGAGCUGAGCCAAGAAAAAGAGCAACUGGCCUCCUCCAAGCAUGAGCGGGAAAAAGAGAACCAGGGUCUGCAGCAACAGCUAAGCACUUUGCAACUGCAGAUUGAAACACUAUCCAAAGAUCUGGAAGAGGCGAAGACUAAAGUUGUUACAGUUCCUGUGCCAAUGCCUGGUGUGCCACCUGCCCCUCCUCUCCCUGGCCGCACUGGGGAUUUGCCUCCACCACCCCCACCCCCACCCAUGCCAGGCCAUUCAACCCUGCUACCAACGCCACCACCUCCUCAAAUCGGCAUACCUCCUCCUCCGCCGCCCUUACCAGGGAUGCCAGGCCCUCCACCUCCACCGCCCUUACCAGGGAUGCCAGGCCCUCCACCUCCGCCACCCUUACCAGGCAUGCCAGGACCUCCACCACCUCCACCCCUGCCUGGCAUGCCAGGACCACCAGGACUGUCACCUCCUCCACCCUUGCCUGGGAUGGGACCUCCCCCACCGCCUCCGCCACCAGGUGGUCCUGGUAUCCCUCCACCACCUCCA